AUGCCUGCAAGGUCUUGCAGUGACUGGGGCCAGUGGAAGGGAGACAACUCUCAUGUAGCAACUGGAUGCACAUGCAACACUGUACAAGAGAUGGCUGAACAUCAUAUGCAGAUCUGGGGCAAGUGCAGGGCCAAGAAUCUUUGGUGGCUGGGGAAGAAGGGGGGAGCGGCCGUGCAGCUGGAGGGGGGAGCGGCCGUGCAGCUGGAGGGGGAGGGGCUGGCUUGGAGCUGGGGGGGACCGGCUGGCCGAGAUAAAAAUGGAUUGUUAUCUUUUUCAAAAGCAUAUGCCCUUUCACAGUGUAUGACGAGGCCCACACCUGCCUUACAUUUAGUUAUGGCAUUGUUGCACGUGGCAAGUCUGUUGCUCUGCUUUGGCGGUCUCCAAUAUGCAAACGCAGCUCUAUCGAAAGAAUAUAUCAUCCCUGGGGUCAACAACAAUCCCUACAUUGGAGUCGUGGCCACACAAAACAACACCUUAGUCAAGAUAGAUCUCAUCUCGUCCUGUUCAAUAUCGUUUAAUGGAAGCCUGUACAAAACUGGCGACAUAUUUGCAGUUUCCUUAAACAUAAAUGACGCUUUGCAGAUAAUACAUAAAGAAUCAUAUGAAACAUCACUGGAUUGUGAUUUUGGUGGUACAUACAUCCAGUCAACUGCACCAGUGGCUGUAUUCUCAGGAUCUGUUUUCUAUUAUCCAAACAAUGCGGUAAACACAUAUCUUGCACUCCAAGUUCCCCCUAUCAGUGCCUACAGUACAACCGUCAUAGUUCCCAGGGUUCCAUCACCAGCUAAUCACACGGUGGUUCGUCUAGUGGGCAGUCAGAAUGAGACGUCCGUGUCCAUAAAGUCUGUCAGUCAUACUGAUGUCAAGGUGAUCCAGCACUCACUAAACUGGAGGGAGUUUAAGGACAUUGAUUUCAGCCCUGACGCUGAUUUGCUUAUCACGUGUGAUAAACCGAUCAUGGUCGUACAAAAUACGUACUUUGUUCCCUAUGGUGGAUUUUCAAUGUUUGUUCCUGGUCAAAGGUCGUACGAAAAGGAGUUUGUCGUUGAAAGCAUGGACGCUGCUCAAGGUACAGAUCCAGUUUGUACAAUUGUUUGUGAGACAUCAUCUAUUCAAAGAGUAUCUGUUGUGGGAGCAGGAUCCGUAGAUGUAAAUGUACGCUGGGAUAAUAUCACAUCAACACUCUACUCAGUUGGAAGUCUAGUUCUUCAGAAGAACACCUCAUAUCACAUCAAUAGUGGAUACCCUAUUUAUGUUAGAGUACACGAGUACGCAAGUCGUGCAACCUACAGUUACAACGCAGGAUAUCAACUUUCAUCUGAAGAUCAAUUGAAGGAUGCUGUACGUGUUCAAUGUCUUCCGAGUAACUGGUUUGUGACUAUGGACCUGAGUAAGCUGCGCCGUCCACCCAGUGACGUCUCCCACAUCUACAUGGCCACACACGCAUGUACAGGGACGCUGCAAGGGCAUCUGCUUGUAUUCAACGUUUCUUACAACCUCUGUCACACUAAAAUAGAGGUGGCACAAGACAAAGUCAUAUUCAGUAACGACAUGUUGUACACAUUGCCAUCCUCUGACAAUGUUACAAGGGAUGUCGAGUGGAGAGUCAAUCUGGAGUGUUCUCACCUGCUGCAUGAAAUCGACUCAGUUCACAUCUACCCCCAACACAACUCAACCAAUCACAUAACAGUAUCCGGUCAGAUCCAGGGAUCUUCAGUACACAUCAGUCUCUUCAAGGAUCCAGCCUACCAGGUUCCCUUUGUGGAAAGUGUACACAAGGCACAGCUCGGACAGCCGAUAUUUGUCCAAGUGUCAAGUCCACAGUCUGAAAACACAAUCAUGAUUAUCAACACAUGUCAUGCCCACCUGACGAAUGAUUCAAGAAGCCCCGUCUCACACAUCUUGAUAGAAAAUGGCUGUCCAGUGGACAAGAGAACAAAGAUGUUGGUGUCAAGGGACCACUUGAAACGAUUCACCUUUGACAUGUUUGAUCUGCCGGAUGAGGAUGAGGACAAGGGUCUCUACGUCACAUGUAACGUCACGUUCUGUGAUCAGAUGGACUUUUCACCCAUCUGCCAGCAAGGAUGUCAAACCCACCCUGAUGUUGGUAUUAUUGGCUAGCGAUACACUUAAUCAACCGAAUGACUGCCCACAGCAAACUUACUUCCAACACUUAACUUGCCGUGCAGGAUUGAUUGCCCUACCUGCCAGAAUCAUUUGGUGGUUGGUUUGAGUUCCAGAUCGGGACGCCAUAUGAUGAUCCUUGUACUUGAUUUAUCCAUACAUGUUUUCACUUUAUCAGCGUGAUAAUGGCUCAUGACUUUGGGCUUUCGUCUCACGCUACACUGCAAUGCCUUUAUAAAACAAGAGUGCUAUUCAAUGGUGUGCAAAAAUUCAAAUUCAAAUGCUCACUGCAAGAUAUCGUUCAUUUUGAUUUUAAAUACCCACUUUGAGCGAGACGGCUACAAUAUAUGAUGAGAGUCGAAUGCUAAUGUAAUCUAAUGCAAUAUUUCACUAAUAUGUCUUUUCUUGUCAUAUAUAAUUACUUAAAAAAUGAUUGAUGCUGAGAAAGCUUUGUGUGUGAAUAAUAGCGUUAUUCCUAGGGUUUUGGAUAAUUGAUAUAAAGAGAUCUUGUCAAUAAUACGAUUACUCCAAGUUACCGAACAUGACUACGCAUCUCACAACAAGAUACAGUGAAGGGGAACUAUCUUAAUAAAUGAGGCAACCAAAUUCUGUUUAUCCUGUGGAAUAUUGAAGAGUUUACAACCGCAUUUAUACCUAUAUUGUGUGUCAACUACAGUAAAUCUAUUUAAACAUAAUGUCAA